CCCAUAUAGAACGCCUGCUGUGCCGAUGCUUUCCCCCGUUUAUCUCGUCUCCGCCGCAACCCACGGCGUAGGAACGGAGGGUCCUUCGAGCGCGGGGUUGGGCCCUCCUCGCUUUCCACUCCACUGCCGCCAUACCACCUCCUCCUAGUCAUAAAUACAAUUUGCGUUGCUCCUCUGACGUAGUUCCUCACUGGCUGACCGACUCACGCAGUUGACAGUCCCCGCGCGGUUUUUGGGUUCAUCAGUCGUUCACUGCUUACGUGGCGAGUCGCUCUGCUCAGAUCCACCAGACUUACCAAAUUCGGCCCGUCUUUGACACCCUCUCAUUAUCACACCCUCCUCCGCCAUGUCGAACCAGUGUCGGCAGCGCCUUGCCAGCGUGGCACUAAGCCACGUCAGCCACGUGGCGCGCCGCUGCGCCCACUCCGACGCCAUCGUAUCGUCCUCCAUCGCCGGAUCCUCCACCUCCGCGUUUCCCGCCGCAUCGGCCGCCGCCUCCAGUCUUGUCCCGCGUGCCGUCGUCUCGCCUAUGGACUUGCCCUCUCACUCCCACCAGACCACCCGUCCCCGAGAACCCGCCGUGCCCCAAGCUACUGCGUUAACGAGCAGCCGUGUCGUCAGCAGCCGCAGCAGCCGCAGCGGCGGCAGCAGCAGUGUGAGCAAUGAGGGAGCGAGCAGAACUAGCACUGCGCAUAUCAGCCAACGCAACCUUGCUCAUAGCUUGCCGAACCUGCGACCGAGCCUCGCGCCAAACCCCGCGCCGAGCCUCCGUACUCUCCGAGGCAGAGCUCCUCAGAUCCGAUUCAUUGUCUCCCACGACACUCCCCGAGCCGGCCAUUACUACCCAUCCCGGACUCUCAACAGCCACCUGCUUCCGAUCCAUUCUCUCUGUGUCUCGCGCGCGUUCUCCUCGGGUUCCCCAUUCGCCGUCGCGGGCAGAUGGGGUGUCACAGCAGCAGCAGCAGACCCCCCCUCGGGCAGAUCGGGAAUUUCCGGUCCGAAUCAAAAGUCUGGUGACGCGGGGAGCGGUGGCGAGGGCAGGGAGGUGAGCGAAGUGACUGUAUCGAAAGGCUCGCCGGCUGCAGUCGUGAAGGACCUUUUUAGCGAGGGGAUUCCGGAUGAGCUGUCGGACGAGUUUUUCGAGGAAGCGAGUGCGACUUUAUCGGAUGAGGAGCUCGAUAGUGUGAUGCUAAUGAGGGAUCUCACCGGCGUUCCUGGCUUGCCCCCGUUAGAAGAACUCCUGGCGGACGACGACGAGGCCAAGGCGCGCGCAGCGCGGCGGGAGGCGGAGAAGGAGAAGCAGGCGGAGAUUGCGCGGCGGAGAGUGGCGUGCGUGGACGCGCUGGGGCGCGCGUACGGCACGGGGAGGCGUAAGACGAGCGUUGCGCGCGUGUGGCUGCGGAAGGGGAGCGGCGGAGUGGUGGUGAACGGGCGACCGUUGGAUCUGUACUUCCCGGAUCUGUCGCAGCGCGCGGCGAUGCUGGAGCCGUUCCUGGAAACGGGCACGGCGGGGGAGUUCGACGUGAAGGCGACCGUGAAAGGCGGAGGCAUCUCAGGCCAAGCGGGCGCCAUGCGCCAUGGCAUCAGCCGAGCGCUGCAGCAGUUUGAUCCGACCUACCGCCCCGCCCUCAAGUCAGCCGGUCUGCUGACCCGUGACUCGCGCAUGGUGGAGCGCAAGAAGCCAGGCAAGGCCAAGGCGAGAAAGAGCUUCCAGUGGGUCAAGCGCUAAGGCGAUUUUCUAAGUAGCAGUUGUGUGUGUAAGGGGGUGUAUCAAGUAGCUGAUUAGUACGACUUCACGUGUGUGAUGUCGAGUCACCACCACCUCCGAACGCACAGGAAGCAUUCCGACCGUGAGGAAACGCACUGUACCGCGCUGGGACGUUGGGUGACGUCGCUUUUCUUGCACUUGAUACACGGCCUAAGUAGCAAUUGCGCUAGUGCGAUUUCCUUAGUACCGUAGAUUGUGUGUGGGGGUCCCUGAGCGGCUCUAAAGAGUUGAAGAGGGGUGGUUUGUCAUAUAACAUGGCACGAUAUCUUGUAGCUAAAGUUUGAUUCUCACUGGGUAUUCUAUCUACGCU